GGUUCCUCCCUUCUUCAGCGUGAUUCAUCGUAUACCGUCAAAGCUGGCUUAUUUUCGGGAGUGCCGGGCUGUGAAGGAGAACCCUGAGGAUUUCGGGAGAUAGGAUUGGUUGAGUAAGUGUGCAAGCGUCAGAGCCCGAUGGCGAUGAUACCGGCGGCCGGCCGAAGCGUGGUGUUUGUCACCGGCAACGUUAAGAAACUGGAGGAGGUGAUUCAGAUUCUAGGUGACUCUUUUCCAUACAAAUUGGUUGCCAAGAAAAUAGACUUACCUGAGUACCAAGGGGAGCCUGAUGAUAUUUCUACCCAGAAGUGCCUGGAAGCAGCUAAGCAGAUUCAGGGACCAGUUAUAGUAGAAGAUACCUGUUUAUGUUUCACUGCUCUUGGAGGCCUCCCAGGGCCAUAUAUAAAAUGGUUCCUAGAAAAGCUAAAGCCGGAAGGUCUCUACAAACUGUUAGCAGGAUUUGAAGAUAAAUCUGCUUACGCUCUGUGCACCUUUGCUUUCAGCACUGGAAAUCCAAAUGAUCCUGUAAAGUUAUUCAAAGGCCAAACUCAAGGGCAUAUCGUUGAACCAAGAGGACCUCGAGAUUUUGGAUGGGAUCCUUGCUUCCAGCCAGAAGGCUACACUGAGACGUUGUCUUUUGCAGAUAUGCUGAAUUGCCCAAGUAUGUGAAGAACUCUCUCUCUCAUCGUUACAAAGCUUUGAAAGAGCUGUCUGCCUAUUUUGUUCAACACCACAACCCAGCAGAGACCCUAUCUUCUUCUAGUUAAACUGUCUGGAUCUGUGAAAUGUUUUUAUAUAUAUAUAUAUAUAUAAUUGAAAUUAAAAUCUAAGGGUCUUUCUGCCUGUACAAAUCAUGAUCAAUAAACCUCAUUUUAAAAAA